UACACCAGGCAGGAACAAAAUAAAAGUAGAUUUUCCACAUUUUUCAUGAAUUUCGUGAAUUUCUGAUAAAGAUAAAGGUGAAAAGAACGUAUUUGCAGUGGAGGGCUAGCUAGAGUAGCUUGCGGAGGCCCAGGAAGUUGGAUUCAAUAGCCGAACUGGGGUAAAUCCUCACUGAAGACAAAAUUGGAGAAGGUUUUCCGACCCGGAAUUGGAUUCUCUCGCACGCACGAAAGAGGAUGGCUACGUCGGAGGAACAGCCGCGGAACUUGUCGCAGUAUAAGCGGUACCGUAAUGCGGACGAGGGUUGCAAAACGUUCACCUCGAUCGAUCAGAACAAGGUUGAGGCCUCGAUUGAACGCAUCUACGAUCGCUACGAACAGCUAGCGGCUCUCGAUCCGACCCUGCCGAAGCUGCACCGCACUGACCACGCACGCUAUCUGCAGGUUGCCCUGGAGAGACUUUCCAGUAGCUACGAGUGCCUGGACAGUAGCCGGCCUUGGAUGGUGUACUGGAUACUGAAUGCGGCCAGCGUGUUAAACCUGCGGUUCGCCGACGAACUGCUCAACCGAGUCGUAGACUUUCUGAUCAAAUGCCGUAGCCCCAUCGGUGGAUUCGGCGGUGGUCCGGGACAGGAUCCACAUCUAGCCACCACGUACGCUGCUGUGAAUGCGCUUUGCAUCAUCGGCACCGACAGAGCGCUGGACGCCAUUGAUCGGACAACGUUGAAACAGUUCCUUGCUGCGGUCCGCGAAUCGAAUGGAGCGUACCGGAUGCACGUCGGUGGAGAGCUGGACGUACGUGGAGCCUACUGCGCCAUAUCCUCCGCCAAACUAGCCUCUUUUACGCCGGAGGAUGAGCUCAAGCUGUUCCAAGGAACGGCCGCGUGGAUAGCGGAAUGUCAAACGUACGAAGGUGGUUUCGGUGGAGCACCCGAUCUUGAAGCGCACGGUGGUUACUCUUUUUGUGCUGCCGCUGCCCUGAUGAUACUCGGCGGAGAGGAACGAUGUGACUUGCAUGCACUGCUCCGCUGGACCGUCAACCGACAGAUGGCCUACGAGGGAGGAUUCCAGGGACGCACGAAUAAGCUGGUCGAUGGUUGCUAUUCCUUCUGGCAAGGCGCUCUCGUACCGAUCGUGCAGAGCCUGAUCGCAAGGAAAGAGCAUCGACAGGACAUCCUGAAUGUGAGUCUGUUCAAUCGUCUCGCUCUGCAGGAGUAUGUGUUAAUAUGUUGCCAAAAGCCGACCGGUGGACUGAUCGAUAAACCUGGAAAACCGGCCGAUUUGUACCAUACUUGCUAUACACUGAGCGGACUAUCGGUGGCACAGCACUGUGAAACUCACAGUUUGCCGCUGGUUUUGGGCGAUGAACAAACGAACGAGCUGCUACCGACACAUCCCGUGCACAACAUCCCACCCAAGGCAGCCCUGGACGCUUACCGCUAUUUCUUGCAGCUCGAUCAGCCGGCAUCGGCAGCAGAAGGCCAGCAGUGCAAUGGGAAGGGGCAGGCAGCUUUCAAGGCGGACGUGCCUGAAAAUGGCUCCGAAAAACUGUCCUCGCGGAGCUCUGAGGCCGGUACUAGUAGCAGCAGCAGCAGCAGCGAAUGCACUAGCACACAACCAUCCGAAGAUCAAUCGAUGCGAUCCUGAACACGAUCUCUAGGCAAUUUUGUACGGCUUGAGAAGGGAGACUCGAUGGGAAAUCGUCUUUUGGGUCCAUUUUUCAACCCGACCGAAACGCAUCUUAAGCUUUAACGACGCUGAUUACCCUUUCACGUGAUUGCUCUAUUUUUGAAUAAAAAGUUACUUCGAGAAUUCGUAU